AUGGGUGGUGGUGGUGGCGUGGUAGCCGGCACACCUCUUGCAGCAGUCACCCUCCACCGUCGCAACGAGCCGCGCCAAGCGUCGGCCCCUGGAGUCUCGCGCGUCGUUCUGCGUCAUGAGCGUCGCCAUCCCGUCACACCAUCUACCGCGCUGUACAACAGCACCAACAGAGAGCUCACGAGGCUGUCAGUGUUGCCACCGAUAUCUCGCCCCUACAGGAGGUCCGCGAGCCCGCCCCAGCAAGCUUCAACCGCACAGCUCCGCCAAAGUGUGUCGUGCGCCAGAGCGCCUGGUGGAGCCACAGGCCGCAGAUCCCCCUCGAACCCCUCCAACCCGGCGCCACCGUCGGAAAGGCAAACGUCUCUUCAGGAGAGCGUGCUGCUCCUCGCAGCACCGCGCAUCGCGGGGGAGGAGGACCUCGCCUCGUCACCGCCUGAGCAGCCCUCGCCGGCCCCGAGAACGACAGCGAAUAUCCCGGUCAGCGCUCCCUCUGCCAGCCCCUUGCCUCUCAAGCAAGCAGACCGGGUCACUACCGAGACGAGGGCACGAUCCCCGAGUGCGGCGUCCGCGGUGGGGGUAUCAUCAGUAGUAAAUAGUCGCUGCAAAGGCAGAGACGGCCGCAUCACGGUGGUUGUGCGCAAGCGCCCUUUAGCACCUGGUGAGCCCGGUGUGGACUGUGUGCAGGUGGACAGGGCACACGUGCGCCUCGCCGUCACGAAGCAGCGUGUAGACCUGACCAGCUACGAGGAGAGCAGCGACUACGUCUUUGACAGCGCCUUCGGGGCAGAGGCCUCGAACGAGGACGUCUACGUCCACUCCGUAAGGGAUCUUCUCACUGUCAGCCUUUCCGGUGGCAGUGCCUCCUGCUUCGCGUACGGGCAGACAGGGAGCGGCAAGACGUACACCAUGAUAGGAACGGAGGCGGAGAAGGGCUUGUACCUGCAGGCUGCGGGGGACCUCUUUGAACGGCUACGGCCAGGGCAGCAGCUCUGCGUCUCCUUCUUCGAAAUCUACUGCAACUCGCUUUACGACCUGCUCAACCACCGGCACCCCAUUGUCCUCCGCGAGGAUGCCCACCGCCGCGUGAACAUCUGUGGCGUCACUUGGUGCACUGUCGCAACGGUCGAGGAGCUGUGGCGGCUCGUGCAGUCCGGCAUGGAGCAGCGCCGCAGCGGCACAACAACCGCGAACGAGCACUCCAGCCGCUCCCACGCGGUGCUGUCCCUCCGCAUCACAGACAGCAAGAACCCCGACUUCACCGGCACUGUCAACUUUGUCGACCUGGCCGGAAGCGAGCGGGCCGCCGACACGGCCGCACAUGACCGCCUGACGCGACUCGAGGGUGCAGAGAUCAACAAGUCCCUACUGGCGCUCAAGGAGUGCAUUCGUGCCUUGGAUGAGAAGAAGAAACACGUUCCGUUUCGUGGCUCCCGGCUCACGGAGGUGCUCCGCGCCAGCUUCACCGGCAACAGCAAGACGGUCAUGAUCGCAGCGGUGUCGCCAAGUUCCGUGAACCACGAGCACACCAACAACACGCUGCGGUAUGCCUUCCGCGUCAAAGGGCUGAGCAUCCCCUCUUUGGGGCCGAGCAAAGCGCGCAACGCGCCACGGCUCUACCUGCCGGUCGCUCGCAGUCGCUCAAGAGCAGCUGCCGCUGCCGCCACGAACGAGCCCACCUCAACCUCAGCUGUGGCGGAGUGCAGCUUCAACACCAAGCCCCCAGAUGAGGCAGCGUCCCCGCCGAGGCCGCGCCGCGCGCGAAGGCGACGGUACGCCUACAAGAAGGCACACGAACCGCAGAGCGAAAUCGGCAUCCUUGAUACCAAUGAGAGCUUCACCAGCGACACGGCGACCGAGUCGCCAAGGCCGCGCAUGCGAAUAGCACAGAGGGCACGCCCGCACAAGGUCGGGCGUAACUCGAUGGGGUCCUCUACCUCUGCGAAGCAGCAGAAAAUGUGUUCCUUAGUGCCCUACAUUAUGGAGUCGCUGUCACUGCGUCGGACGAGGCAACGAACGCUGAAAGAACACUUGCCGCCGCCGCGUGCCGCGCCCUCUAUCUGCGAGUCCUCCGACCUCCUCCUAGCUAAUGUGAGUGACAUAGAUUCGAAAUCGAGGGCACUCGUGGAGAUGGUUUUGCCACAUGUGAAAGGCGUCACCCGCCACCCCUCCUCCCUCACCUCCGUGGAUGUGGCGGCGCUGGAGCAGCGUCUCACGCUCCAAAUCAUUGCACAGCUGAGGCUAGACCUUGGUCAGCAGCUGGAGGAGGUGCUCAUGGAGAAAGACACCACCAUUGCGGCGCUGCGGAGCGAGAACGAAAAGCUGCGACAGGUGCUGGACAAGGCGGAAAAAGAUGAGCAGUUUUACGGGUGCUCACCGAGGGACGGUGAAGUCCAGAAGCGACCGGCGAUUCUGCCGGCCCUCGUGUACCCCUCCUCGCCGAGUAUCCUGCAAGAGCAGCUGUCAUCCGGCGUCUCGACAGCAUCGGUCGGGGACGAGGCUCCUCUGCACGUUCUGUCAGAGUAA